GUAGAUAUGUAGUUUUGACUUGCAUACUUACGCCGUAUAAGGGUUAAACGUAAAAUAUCGAUUUAUUCACCUAUGUUUUGUCUUUAGAUUUUAUUUGUUUAUUCAGGCUUUUAUAGUUUAAAAUUUUUUUUAAAAAUGAGCAAAGAUUUAAUCGAACAGCGAAUAAUUAAGUUCGUGAAUAAGGAAAUUGGUAGUGAUUUCAAGAAACUUCAUCGAAAUACUGUCUUGAUAGAAAAUUACAAAACUUCAAUUGAACAUCUAAAGCAAAACUUAAAUGAAAAAAACCAUGCAGAUCUAAGAAUUUUUGAAUCUGCACUGCGGAGUCAGCAUAACGCUAAUAAAAGCAUGGAAUUGCAAAAAGAGAAAUUGAUUAAGUUUGAGAAGCAAUUAACUCCAAAAAUUGAUAGGUCUAAUGAAGCGCUAUCCGUCGUGCUUAAAGAUCUUGGAAAUAUACGAAGACUGCAACAGCUGUCGCAUUAUAUGAAAAUAGUACUAGAUAUACAAGAGAUCAGUCAGAGUUUAAGUGACGCUGUCAAUGGUAGAGAUGACGCUAAAACGGUCAAUAUAUAUUUGACGCUAUUUGAAGAUAAGGAUUGUGAGAAUAGUGUAAUCGGCCGGUUAUCUAAUAUUGAAUCAUAUUACCUCAAAUUGUUCGCAACGGAAACUGCUUCCUAUUGGCAUAGGAUUCUUACUGACAAGUUCGCAAGAGAAUUGGAGUCUAUUUUAAAAUGUAUGCGUUGGGGCUGUAAGGAAUGGAAUUCAUUGAUGUUUUCACCAUCAUGUGAGAAUAUUGCCAAAGCCAAGCUGUUAGCAGAAUAUUUGUUUCUAAUUAAAUGUCCUAUUGAAGAGGACGAACCACUGGAAGUUAUAACGCCUAGCAUUAUUUGUCAACCAGUUAGCACUGUCGCAAAAUUGUUGCUGGCCCCAUAUCAACAAAGGUUUCAAUUUCACUUUAUGGGCGUACGCCAAACGAAUCGGCUGGACAAACCGGAAUGGUAUUUUACACAAAUACUGAAUUGGAGCAAAGAGGCUCAUAUCUUCGUUGGAAGGACUUUCCAACAAUCAACUAUUAAAGCUGGUAUAGUGGACUACAAUAUACGGCUAGAAUUCAUUCGUGGCCUCGUACAGAUGAUAAUUGAAAAACUUACAGCUGACAUUGAGGAUAUUAGCCGGGAUGAACAUUUAUUUGCCCAUUUACUAGAUGAAACCUUAGCGUUCGAAGCUGAACUUCGGGGAAACUUCGGAUAUCCAAGUAGUUUUCCAAGUGUAAUAUGCGUAAUAACUCAACCUGCAUACUUAUUGAAAUGGAUUUCUCUUGAAGAGCGUUUUUGUGCGGAAAAAAUGGACCUUAUAUUACAAGGCGAUGAUGCCUGGACGAUUAUUGAUCCCUUCAUGUACGAUAACGAUUUGAAAAUCCCGAAAUGCGUUGAUCAAUUUAUACGACUUCUUGAGGCUAUUAAAGAGCGAUAUGGUACACUUAUCCAACCAGGACAACAAUUACAAUUUCUUUCGCUUCAAUUAGAACUGAUAGAAAAUUUCCGACGCCGCCUCGUUCAACUUUUUAGCAGUGGAGUAAUUGAAAUAAUAUCCAUUUUGAACGCUAUAAAUUACUUGUCUUUGGUGUUAAAUGAAUGGGGCGAAAACAUUCAUUAUUUGCAUUUACAUGCUGCACUAGUAGGGCAGAAUUCAAUUGAAAUUCACUCAGUAUUUGAGCAACCUGUGGGAGAACUAGAACAUUGGAUCAAAAAACUUAUUGACAGCUUGGCGACAAAGGCGGUAAAUGAAAUAAAAGCAAAGUCGAUGACCUAUCGACAUGACUGUUGGGCUAGUGCAUCAGAUCAGAAUUGCAAAGAGCCAUUUAUUUUGUCUUCUAGUGCAGGAGAAAUGUUUCAGGUAAUGGUGACAACGCUUCACAAUCUGGAGCGGGAUCUAUCAUUAAACCUGUUUAGGCUGACGCUGCGUAUAAUAGCUAACAACGUAGACGAAUUUCUCUUCGAUAGCCUUGUUAUGAAUAACAAAUUUACACCAGCAGGAGCCGCCCAAUUUAAUUUCGACAUGACUCGAAAUCUUUUUCCCCUAUUUGGACAAUAUUGCCGGCGACCAGAUUUACUCUUUAAAAACCUUAACUUCAGUGAAAUUUAAGUUAUGUUUAUGACACUUGGUGCACGUGUCCUUUGGCAACUAAGAUAGGUUAGUAUUACAGCGAACUUUCGGUUCUUUGUUGCUUCUACUUUGAGAAGAACUUUCCAAAAAUCGUACAGAGAUUGGGAAACAAGCAGACGUUGAAAGAAAUACAAACAACAUAACAAUAAUAUUUAUCAAUCAAGAAAUAUGGGAAGCUAAAGAAGCAAGUUUUAAUAUUAUAUUAAUACGUCUAUAAAGCAAUCAAUUUUUUGUCCAGAAAUGGACAUUCAAAUGAAAUAUGGAGAUCGGUAGGAAUGAACUUACGACAAUAGGUCGUUUCAAAGCCAAAAAACUUGUACGAAUAGUUGGAUUAGUAUUGUCACCGACCGAGCUGUCGCUUUACGUGUAUUCCUGUAGCACGUAAAUUAUAUAAUCUAGCAUCGGAGUAAGACACGAAAAAUUGGCGAAAAGAUUUCUUUUUAAUCCAGUACACACAAAUGGAACUUCAAGCCGACAUGACUUAAUGAAUGAUUUUUAAAAAUUUAAAUUUUAAAUAUAAUUGUAUUUUGAAAUGAAAA